AUGUUCGUCCGCAGCAUAGUUUGUCCUCAUCGACUGGUCCCUCUGCAAACCCUGAUCGCCUCCUCGUUCUAUCUUCCACCAGACCCACCGUCGAACGACGCCUUAUCGGCGUUCCUGCAAUGGUGCGCUUCCAAGGGCUUCACGCAGCACAAGCUGGUCGUCGCCGAGUUCGCGGAGACGGGGAGGGGCAUGCGGGCCGCCGGUGACAUCCUAAUAGCAAUCCCCGCAACACUUCUUCUCACCUCCACCACGCCCGACGUCCUCUCCGCCUGUCAACCCUACACUUCCGCCGCAUCCCUAUCGGAACACGCAGCACUAGCAGUGUUCCUCGCCGUCGAGCGCGCGAAGGGGGCGGCGAGUGCGUAUAAGCCGUAUGUGGAUGUGCUGCCGGAGGCGUUUGGGAGCGUGCCGGCGGUGGGCGUGGGCCGGAUGGGAGAGGGAUGGGGUGCGUGGGUGCCGGAGGGGGUUAGAGAUGCGACGCAGAGGAUACGGAAGAAAGUGAGAGAUGAUUAUGCGCUCGUCAUGGGUCUAUGUCUGCGAUGUGUCGAGGAUCAUACCCGCGGCGACCCGCCAAUACAAUGCACAUCAUGUCCGACGACGCCGGCAGCCCCUUACAUCCCCUUCGCCGCCUUCCAAUGGGCGUGGUUCGCCGUAAACACCCGCUGUGUCUCCCUCACAAGCCUCCCCGCCACACCCCAAAAACGGUCCACACCCAGCGCAUCACCCGCGAAACCACUCACAACACACCUCUGGCCACCCCACCUCCGCGCUUGCAAAAUCGCCCUUGCGCCCAUGCUCGACUUUCUGAACCACGGUAAAGAUGCUAAAGUCGAGGCUGGGUACUCCACCAAUUCCUCGUCUUCGUCCUCCUCCUCCCCAGACUCCGAAGGCUACAAAAUCCGCACCCUCGUCGCCUACCCCGCAAACACAGAAGUCUUCAUAUCCUACGGCGCGCAUAGCAACGAGUUCCUGCUGGCGGAGUACGGGUUUGCGAUACCGGGCAACGAGUGUAACUUUUUGACGGUGGAUGAGGGGGUGUGGGAGGUUGGCUUUGAGGGGGAGACGGGGGAGGGGAGGGAGAGGGCUAGGGCGGUUGUUGAGGGGGUUGGGUUGGGGAGAGAGCAUACACUUCACCCCCACGGUGAACCCUCCCCUCGCCUCCUAGCCCUCCUCCGCAUCCGCCUUCUCUUAGUAACAACGCCAAACCCACUUCCACCCUCUGCCAUCGACGCCUGCUGGAUGGAACUCGCGCCGGAUCUUGAGCGGAGGGUGCGGAGGGCGGUGUGGGGAAUUUGUGGGCGCGGGUUGGAUGAUGCGAGGAGGUCUUUGGCGGGGUUGGAUGGACAAGGAGAGGAGGUGGGUGCAGGGGAUUUGGGGGAUUUGUCGGAGGAGUUGAGGGAGUUGGUGCGGUUGGUGUGGACGGACGCUGUGGGGAUUUUCGAGAGGACUAUGGAGUGGGUGAGGGAGGAGGAUAGGGCUGCUGGUGUACAUUGAACCUGUAAUUUAUUGCCGGACGGUGUUGAAUGCACGUACAAACAGGAGCACAUGAACAUAGACUAGACGGAUAUUGGACUUUUCUAAUCCGUGUCUUCCAUGUGCACUUGUCCUCACAAAUCAAAGUGACGAGCCCUUGCCGCCAAGGAAUCAUUGCAGAAAUGGAUGCGAGUAGUAUAGAUCUGGAGCCUUUAUACCGAGUAUGUGCAGCUUACCGAGGCUUUUCAGCCACCAUCCCAGAAACUGGGUAGGGGGUCUGAAAAGCGAUGAAACCCAGCCAAGGAAGAUCGAGUCAGCAUGGACUUGUGUUGAUGCUGAUAACAAAACAAAUGGGGCGAGUUCGUCUGUACUUGGCCCAAUUUGAGCCGUGAUGUGAAUAGAGCCGAUAGAGCCAAUAUCACAUGCCACUCAUGGUCGACUG